AUGACUCAGCACAGGGUUUCUGGUGUCUGCCUUCCUAGCUUGCUCCCCAAGGCCCUGAAUCCCAUACUCUCCUCAUACAGCUCUAGUCCAAUCAGCCCUCCCUCUGCCAGAUCCCAAGGACCUCUGGGAAAUGGUGACCUACCUGGCUCCCCACGUGCCUAUGAGGCUGACCCCUCGGUCUCACCACCUGGCUGUCCAGGUGCCGAUCCAGUGGGCUUUCCGGUCCGGCUCCAGCCAGUGCGUCAUCAGCCAGGUUUAUCUGAAGCGGUACCAGAGAUGCCAGAACCAGCACCUACAUCAGACUGUCCACCAGGGCUGGAAUGUUUAAACCAGAUGGAUGAGAUAAGGAUUCAUCAGCAAAUUGAUCUUCUGGAAGUCUUCCUAAAUAUCGAAAUGAACAACAAAUAUGAAAUUAAGAACAGCCUUGGACAGAAGAUUUACCUUGUCAUGGAGGAUAAUAAUUUCUGUACCCGAAAUUGCUGUGGGUCUAAAAGGCCAUUCACCAUGAGGAUUCUUGAUCUUAUGGACCAAGAGGUCAUAACUCUGGAGAGACCACUGAGGUGUAACUGCUUUUGCUUGUCCUGCUGCCUUCAGGAGAUAAAAGUUUGCGCUCCUCCUGGUACACCAAUAGGUUAUGUUACUCAAACCAAGCACCUAUAUCUGCCUACAUUUACAAUUCAAAACGAGAACAAAAAGGAUAUACUAAAAAUUAUUGGUCCAUUUCUUUCAUGCAAAUGUUGUGGAGAUAUUAAUUUUGAGAUCCAAUCUCUUGAUAAAGAAAAUGUAGUUGGCAAGAUUUCCAAGCUGUGGACCAGUCUGGUGAGAGAGCUCCUCACAGAUUACUCGGACUUCACCGUCCAGUUCCCUGCCGACCUGGACGCGAAGAUGAAGGCGGUGACCCUGGGCGCGUGCUUCCUCAUCGAUUUUAUGUUGUUUGAAAAUAGUUACAUUACUCGAACAUUGAAUUUUUGCCUGAAAGCAAAAUUGUGUUAG